CCACCCCGACACAGCACGUUUCCACCAAGAGAUUGAUGUCCCUUGACUUCCCUUCUCACUUUUCCUUUGCCGCCUUCCAGCUCACGCUAUGCAACGCGAGGUGUUGACGACGGAUCGCGUCUCGUACAUUGCGUCGCUCGACAAGCACGCGGCCGAUGGCAACGACUACGAAGACGCCAAGACGCCCGGUGACCUCGAAGACGGCGCGCUCCGUGACGGCGGCGCCCUUGUCUACUCGUCGCCCGAGAUCCUCGCGCUCAUCUACCAGUACGCGAUGGUCGGCAUCGUCUACGGCGGCUUCUCGGUGAUGAAAUACCCGAUUUUGACCGGGUACUUUGCGCUCGAGACCAACGUGCUCAACUCGGCGUACGCGCUUUUGAGUCUCGGCUGGUCGCUCAAGUUUGUGUUUGGUAUGCUCAACGACUGCUUCCCCAUCUUUGGCUACCACCGCAAGCCGUACAUGCUUCUCGGGUGGGGCCUCACGGCCGUGCUUUUGGUCGUUACGGCCAUUCGCCCAGCGGGCGAGGCCAACUCGCAGACCGACGGCUCGACGUUUGCGCUCCUGUGUACGUGCACGGGCUUUUGCUACGUCAUGGCCGACGUCGCCCAAGACGGCUUGAUGCUCUCGUACGCGCAGCGCGAGCCGAUCGCGCUUCGAGGUCGUCUCCAGUCGUACAUUUACGGCACGCGGUUCGUCUUUGCGGCCAUUAUCGGCGCGAUCUGCGGCUUUUGCCUCAACUCCAAGCAGUUUGCUGGUCAGUUUGACUGGGACAUUGGUGUCAACGGGUACUUUUGGAUUCUGGCCGUCCCCGCCGUCAUCAACAUUCCGAUCGUCUGGUUUUUCAUCAAGGACACCAAGACCGAGGCGGUUCCGUUCAGCAUUUACUUUGGCAAGCUCUGGACGCUCGUCCAGAAGCGCGCGGUGUGGCAGGUGCUCAUUUUCAACUUUGUGUUCAACUUUUUCACGACCAGCAUCCUCUCGACCGCGAGCUCGUAUGUCAUGCGCUACUGGGCCAAGGUCGACAGCCUCAACAACGCCAUCAUCUCGGUCGUCGGCAACCUCCUCUUUGCCGUCGUGCUCUACGUCACGGGCAUGUACGGUACGCACUGGAACUGGCGCUACGUGCUCGUUACGACCGUCCUCAUCGCCAACGUCAUCGAUUCGGUCUGCCAGUUCUGCACCAUCUACGACGUGGUCCGGUACCAGUGGUUUUACCUUGGCGUGCCGCUCCUCGAGCAGAUUCCGCUUGGCAUCAACUUUGUCGUCGGGACCUAUGUCAUUGUCGAGCUCGCCGAGCCGGGCAGCGAAGGCGUCAUGUACGGUCUCCUGACGACCAUCUCCAACCUCCCGGGCACCUUUGGCACGCUCGUCUCCAACGUCAUUUGCGCGCAGCUCGCGUUCAGCAAGGCGCUCAUCAAGGAAGACGCGCCGGUCACGCGCGACGCGGUCGCGUACUCGUACUACAUUCAGUACGCGUCCAUUGCCAUCGGCUGCUUUGCGGUCGUCUUGCUCCCGAGCCAGAAAGCCGCGGUCGCCGAGCUCAAGAAGAACGGUGGCAGCCAGCCGCGGAUCGCUGCGUUCAUCUUUUUUACGCUUUUCACGACGCUCUGCGUGGCCGUCACGGGCAGUCUCAGCUCCAUGUACGAGAGCACCAACUGUCUCUUGCUCGCGGGCGGCGAAGGCUGCGAAGUGGCGCCCUCGGGCACGUACCUCCUCGGCAUCUUUGUGCCCGUGGGUCUGGCGCUGCUCUUGAUCGCCAAGUUUGCCUUCUUCCACUGAUAUGGGCAAAAACGGAGAUCAGGCGAUCGCUGUCGCGAAGCUACUACGUCAGACGAGAGUAGAAAAUGUAGUGUGUCAUGUGGAUUUGAAUUGGAGUUUGAAUUGGAA